AUGCGUGUCCUUCUCCUCCCCCACCUUCUCCUCAACCACCCUCUCCCCCCCACCCUCCCCUCUCCUCCCCCACCCUCUCCUCCCCCACCCUCUCCUCCCCCACCCUCCCCUCUCCUCCCCCACCCUCUCCUCCCCCACCCUCUCCUCCCCCACCCUCCCCUCUCCCCCCAUCCUCUCCUCCCCCACACUCCCUUCUUCUGGCACUCGCUCGCGCAUCCCACCUUGUCUUCCGCUGCAGGCCUGCGAGAUGCCCAAGAACCUUCAGGCUGUGACGAGCUGGCAGCAUGCAGGCGGGAUGGGGUUCUCAAAGACCCGCUGGGAUGGGAUGGGAUUUACCUUCUUUUCCAUUCCACGCUUUCCCCAACUCCUCCCUUCCCUACUCUCCCGCCUGCCCCACCCUCCCACCUGCCCAGCCUCCCCCCGACCCACACCAGCCAGAUCCGCGACUUGUUGAAAGAGGACUGCCGGGUGAUCCGUGACUUUUUGAAAGACGACUGCCGCGUGCUGGUGGUGGGAGCAGCCGGGAUGGGCUGCGAGCUGCUAAAGGACCUGCUGGGAUGUAUGAUGUAUCCCCUUCCCCCGUCCUUGCCACCCCUCUUUUCCCCCCUGCCCCAUUCAACCCUACACCCACACCAAUCAGAUCCGCGAGUUCCUAAAGGAGGACUGCCGUGUGCUGGUGGUGGGAGCAGGCGGGCUGGGCUGCGAGCUGCUAAAGGACAUAGUGCUGUGAUUCACCUCCUUCUCCUCGCCACCCAUCCCCCGUUCUCACCCCUUCCUCACUCUCCCCUCUUCAUCACGCCUCUACCCACACCCACAGAUCCGCGAAUCCGCGAGUUCCUCAAGGAGGACUGCCGAGUGCUGGUGGUGGGGGCGGGCGGGCUGGGCUGUGAGCUGCUAAAGGACCUGGUGCUGUCGGGGUUUGGCAGCAUAGACGUCAUCGACAUGGACACCAUCGAUGUUUCGAAUCUCAACAGGCAGUUUCUGUUCCGCCCGGCUGACGUGGGCAAGCCCAAGGCCGUGGUGGCGGCAGAGCGAGUCAUGAGCCGCGUGGGCAGGAUCAAGGUAACCCCCCACUUUUGUCGCAUAGAAGACAAGCCGUCCUCCUUCUUCAACGAUUUCAACAUCAUUGUGUUGGGGCUGGACUCGCUGGAGGCGCGCUCCUACAUCAACAGCCUCGUCUGCGGCUUCCUAGAGUACUCGCCUGAAGGGGAGCUAGACCUGUCAUCAAUCCGCCCCAUGGUGGACGGCGGCACGGAGGGCUUUAAGGGGCACGCGAGGGUGAUCAUCCCGGGGGUGACGCCGUGCUUCCACUGCACGCUCUGGCUCUUCCCCCCCCAGACCAAGUUCCCCCUCUGCACGCUCGCUGAGACCCCCCGGUCCCCUGCGCACUGCAUUGAAUACGCGCACCUCAUUCAGUGGGGCGAGGAGCGGCCAGGAGAGGCAUUCGAUGCGGACAACCUGGAGCACAUACAAUGGAUCUACCAAAAGGCUCUCAUUCGCGCCCAGCAGCACAGCAUCACAGGCGUCACUCUCUCCCUCACUCAGGGAGUUGUAAAGAACAUCAUCCCCGCUAUAGCAUCAACUAAUGCCAUCAUAUCAGCGGUGUGCGCACUCGAGACUCUCAAGAUCGCUACAAUGUGCUCUGCUGGGAUGAAUAACUACGUGAUGUAUGUGGGCACGCAGGGGGUCUACUCACACACCGUGGCCUAUGAGAGGGACCCCGAGUGUCUUGUGUGCAGCGCGGGCGUCCCAAUGACUGUUCCAUCCACAGCCACUCUGCAGCAG